AUGUCGGGAGUUAAAUAUAUGAAAGGUGUACGAACUAAGUUUUCAAAUAAGUUGUUGAAUGAAAUUCAAAAUGGCUUACGUUUACUGGAUAGUGAUAUGAGUGACAUAUUACCAGAGGAAUCCGUACAACUUCGGCAUCGUGUAAUGGAAACUAAACUCAACAUUAAUUCUUAUAAUGAGAAGCUAUCUAGACAGUCUGAGAAAUUAGCUCAGACUAUCGAAGAUCCUGAAGAUGAAUUUAUAUCAACAAUGAUUGAAGAAGAUUCUAGUCUAUUGGAUAAAGCUUGUUCCGUGUAUCAUAAGCUUCAGCUUUUUGAGGACAGAUUAAAACAACUUGAAGAAACGCAAAAUACAGCAGUAAAGGAGGAGCACGUUUCACCAUUAACUUUGGUCACAGAGGAAAUGAGAAAAAUGUUUGCAGCCCAGAUGGAUUUACAGAAGGAGUUAGUCCAGAAUAAGCAACUCAAAAAAGAAACAGUGAAAUUGCCUAAGAUUGACAUACCGUCUUUCAAUGGCAAUAAGUUAUAUUGGAUUGAAUUCUGGGAUUCUUUUGAGAGUGCCGUGCAUAAUAAUGACCGACUUUCAGAAGUUGACAAAUUCAAUUAUUUGAAAAGUAAACUUACUGGAGAAGCAAAGCAUACAAUAACUGGCCUUUCAUUGUCCAAUAAGAAUUAUGAAAUUGCUAUACAGACAUUGCAUAAAAGAUUUGGCGAUCGACAGGAGACAAUAGACAUGCACUAUAAGGCACUAAUAGAUAUAUUUCCAGUUAGAAAUUCUGUGGAGAGUUUGCGACAGUUCAUGGAUAAAACAGAAAAACAUCUUCGUUGUCUAGAAGUUCUCAAUCAAGAUACAAAUCAAGAAGUUUUUGUUUCAAUGCUCAGAAGAAAGCUACCAAAUGACGUACUCCUUCAAAUGGAAAUUAUGAAGGGAGUAGAUAAAAAAUGGUCUGUAAUUACAUUUCGUGAACUACUUCGACAAUACAUUGUAGCAAAAGAAAAGGCCGAAAUUACAGAUAAAGCAAAAUCAAAAUUUGAGAACAGAGAUUCAGUUCGUCCGAAUUCAAAUCCGAGGUACAGCAUGAAAGGGUUCUCAAAGCCUUCAAUACAUAGUGCCUCAUCAAGUUCAUUGAUUACAAGUGAAAAGCAAGAAAAAACAAAAGUUAUAUCUGCGAAGUGUAGAUAUUGUGACAGAAAUCAUUGGAGUGAUGAGUGCACGAAGUACCCAACAAUUGAAGAUAGAAAGAAACGUAUCAAAGGCAGUUGUUACAGGUGUUUAAAGGAAGGACAUAUCUCCAGUCAGUGCAAAUCAUCAAAAACGUGUGUCUAUUGUGGUCAAGUAGACGUGCACCAUAGAAGUUUAUGUGCAAAGAAAUUUAAAGAAAAGAAAAAUAAAGAAGGUGCAAAUUUUUCUGGAGAACCUGAAAUUCUAUCGGAAAAGAGUGAUACCGGAAACGUGCAGGAAGAAAUAGGACUUCUUUCUUGCAAUGAGUCUGUAAUGAUGCAAACAGCCAAAUGCAUCGUAAAGAAUCCUGAUGAAGACAAAAGUGAGGAAAUUAGAUUGAUUCUUGACUCAGGCUCGCACAGAACAUAUAUCACGAGGGAUUUGGCCCGUCGUCUCAGACUAAAAGAAGAAGAAGAGCAGGAAAUCCAAUUGGUAACCUUUGGAAGCGAAAAGGAAAAAUCAAUAAAAACAAGAUCAACAAGAUUAAAAGUGAAACUCAAGAAUGGAAAGUACAUAACUUUGGUUGCAAAUAUAGUACCAAAUAUCACUGGAACAAUUACCCGCAGACAAGUAAAACUAGAUUCACCAAGACAGUUCUCUGGCUUAACAAAAAAUCUAACACUGGCUGAUACAAUUCCAAACAAGAAUGAAUCAGUUUAUCUCGAUUUACUAGUAGGUAAUGAUUACUAUUUAGAUAUUAUACAAACAGAGAAGAUAGAAAUACAACCUGGACUUUAUUUGCUGUCGUCCAGUCUCGGAUGGAUAUUGUCGGGCAGAAUGAAAACAAGUGAUAUUGCCGUAAACACAAAUGAUUCAGCUAUGUUAAUUCUUACGUACGGAGAUAAUAUAACUGAAACCAAACUUUUUACAGAUGUUGACGAAGUCAUUCCAACAAAACCUAACUUGGAGGACUUUUGGAAUAUUGAGAGUCUUGGUAUUACAGAUACAUAUGACAAACCAGACGAUCAGGCUGCUAUGACACAUUUCAGGGAAACUCUACAGUUUGAAAACGAUAGAUAUCAGGUUACUUGGCCUUGGCGGGAUGAGUUUCCAGAUCUUCCAGAAAAUCGGGGAUUAGCAAAAGGGAGAUUGAAAUCACUCGUUUGUAAGCUAGCAAAACAACCUGAGCUCUUGAAAAGAUAUGACGAUGUCAUUAAAGAUCAGCUAGAAAAAGGAAUUAUUGAGAAAGUUGAUAGGGAGUUAAGUGACGGGUUAAGGCAUUACAGCACCUUGUGUCACAUGAUGUGGGUACAGGAACUUUUACGUUUAGAAGGUGACACAAUAGCCAUUCGAUCAGCAGAGCUUCGACGCCACCUGCAACAAUGA